AAAUGGAUUCUGUGUCAGACAUCAGUUCAGCCGAUCAGCAACCAUGGACAGACUUUAGUGUGCGGCUGUUCACAACCACAAGUUCAAAGCUGUCUAAGAAUGAGUCGAGCAUUCUAUCUGCUGAUAUUUAUGAGAUCCUCAUGGCGGUCAUGUGCUGGUUCAUGAUUCCGUUUCUUCUAUUCCUGGGAAUCCCUGGCAACGUGGUGAGCGCCAUGGUGUUCUACAGACAGGGUCUUGGAGAGAGAAUCAACGUCUGUCUCUUCCUCCUGGCGCUGGCUGACCUCGUCAGUGUCGUCAUCCUGCUUCUCGUGUUUGUCGAGGACCGAGUGAGAAAACACAUUAGUGCAGACACCUGGUUCAUAGCAAUCUGGUUGGGAGGCUUUUCCAGCGCCGAGUAUGUUUCUCAAUUCCUGUCGGCUGUCAUCGCCUGUGAGCGCUGUUUCUGUGUCGUCAGUCCCCUCCACGCCAAGCGGCUGCUGAAGACGUCCACCAUGACCGCCAUUGUUGUCGUCUGCUCUGUCGUGCUGGUGGCAGGGAUGUUUGUGAUCGCGACCCCUAGGCACGUCGUCGAUUUUAUAUUCGAUCCGUCUACGAAUAUCACAAAGUCUUUCUUAAUGGUGACAAAGUAAGGAUAUUAUAAUAGUGGUAGCGCAUUUGUAGAACGGAUUCUUAUGUGUCGAUUCAACUCUAUGCGCUUCGUUUAUUCUUGUCUGUAAUUGAAUUUUAAUCAUUACGAAAAGGCGUAUCGGUCCUAAUCUUAUUUUCUUCUCUUGAGACAACUAAAAUCUUGUUUGCCUAGAUAUUCGUUUUUGUUUUUUUUUUUUGUGUUUUUUUUUUUUCAAAGUUGUAUCAAACAUAAAUAAAAUGUAUAUGUACUUUGACUAUUUUCUUACUUCAUUUAGUGAAACCUAUUUUAUUUCAUUAAAAAUACUUAAAAGAUAUAUAUAUAUAUAUGUCACUUAAG